ACGUCCGCCUGCUUUCUGUUGUCAAACACCGACAUCUAGCGUUGCAGCAGAGAGCAUACAGGAGUGGGCGGAGCUUCCUGUAAAUCUCCAGACAGGAUAAAGACACGAGAAGAGAAAGACAAGAGAGAGUCCUGCAUCGGUCCCGCUCUUUGAAGGAGAAAUAGGGUGAAUUUAAGGUAUUCUUUUUCACUUCAGCCUUUCCGUGCACAGCCUCGUCAUGUCUUUCUGUCAGUUUUUCGGCGGUGAGGUCUACAAGGAUCAUUUCAAACCAGGUAUGUAUGUGUGCUCCAAGUGUAACCAUCCACUGUUCUCCAGUCGGUCAAAGUACGCCCAUUCGUCCCCCUGGCCGACUUUCACUGACACCAUCAGAGAGGACAGCGUCACCAAGAUGAUGGAGAGUCUCACUGCAUUCAAGGUUCUUUGUGGAAAAUGUGGAAAUGGACUGGGUCAUGAGUUUGUAAAUGACGGCCCAGAAGAAGGGGUGUCACGAUUUUGAAUAUUCAGCCACUCGCUCAAGUUUGUCCCAACCAAAGGUAAGACGAAAACAAAAUGAAACAUCCCCGUUUGCUCAAGAUGCAUAAAUUAAGGAGAAAUCUGAAAAUUGGUUCCAAAUGGGAAGUUUUUCAGCCAAGAGCAGAGACAAGAAGGAAGUGUCUGGGGAGAGCUUCUGUUUCUCAGGAUGUGUUUUUAGGAUACUCAGGGCCCAAGUCACCAAAGAAGUUCCAUUCACCCCUGUUGCUCUGAGGUUGCAACAACAGAGAAAUGGCAGAGACUUGAGUAGAUGAAAAAUGAUUCUUAAAAUAGAUGUUAAGCAUGGCUAAAAAAAAGACAGGUGGGAUGUGGAGAUAGAGGGCUUGAAGAUUGAUCAUGUUAUUGUGAAGUUUUAUUACACUGCCUUUUUAAGAACUUGAUUCUGAAAAAGGUUCUGGAAAUCAGACUGCUACCAUGAAGAACACACUAUUGCAAGGGAUGCACAAACACACACUGCAGGACUAAGUGUUAUCGUAUAAAUCCUUAGAAGGCACGUUCAUUUGACAUCAGUUUGUUUAACAUGGGAAAACCAAGAAAUGAGAAGAAAACAGCAGAGAAAGGGCAGGAUGGGUUUAAGCAGACAGGGAAAUAUACAAAACUGAAGAUGGUGCAUGAAGUAAACACUAAGCAGACACAGUGUGAGAUACAGUGGUGUUUAAUGACUGAUAAACAGAAUAAUAAAUGUAUCAAACACUGACAGGGAUACAGCAGAAGAUAUGGUGUUCUAGAAGAAAGAACAAUAAAGAUAGUUGCCUCAGAAUAAUAUUAAUACAAUUUGAAUUCUUGGGGAAUAAAAGAGUGCAUUAAAAUGUUGAAAUAUCUCCCUUACAUGCCCAAAUGAGCACAGCUUUUACGUGAAAAAAUCCUGUAAGGGUCAACUUUCAUCUAAAAUAACUUAUGUUAAAUACAGAUUAUUUCCUCUGACCAUAAGAUGACGUUUUAAAAGCAAAGCAUCAUGUUAUGUUCCACUUUUGGUUUGAUUGUAUUUCAUUUCAUUGAAUUUUCUUCUUUCACCAAACAUCCCUGCAAAGUAGCUGUGACUAUGUUUCACUUCUGUCUC